CCGUACAUGGAUGCCGUCGUGAAGGUGUACUGUAUGCAUACGGAGCCGAACUAUUCUCUACCUUGGCAACGUAAGCGGCAGUACAGCAGCUCAUCGUCGGGAUUUGUCGUACGGUACGGCGGCCGUAACUGGCUGCUCACUAACGCCCACUCCGUGGAUUACCAUACACAGGUCAAGGUGAAGCGGCGGGGUGACGACCGCAAGUUCCUGGCCCGGGUGGUCAGUCUCGGAGUGGAGUGCGACAUCGCCGCACUGGAGGUGGAUGACCCGGAGUUCUGGGGGGCAUUGGGGGUUGGAAGCGGUCGCCAACUGCCGGUUCUGGAGCUGGGGCCUCUUCCCCGCCUGCAGGACGGCGUGGCGGUUGUCGGUUACCCCGUGGGGGGGGACACCAUAUCCGUUACGGCGGGUGUGGUCAGCCGAAUUGAGGUUACGGAUUAUAGCCAUGGCUCGACCGAGUUGUUGGCCAUCCAAAUCGAUGCGGCCAUCAAUGGCGGCAACAGCGGUGGACCCGUCUUCAACCGGGCGUGUCAGUGCGUGGGUAUUGCCUUCCAGGCGCUUGUGGGCAGUGAUGUGGAAAAUGUGGGUUACGUCAUCCCGACGCCCGUGGUUAUCCACUUUUUGGAAGAUUAUCUGCGUACAUCGACAUUCACCGGCUUCCCUGCGCUUGGGCUACAGUGGCAAAGAAUGGAAAGCGAGGCGUUACGUCGCGCGUACGGCAUGUCUCCGGGACAAAAAGGCGUGCUUACCCGGUCCAUAAACCCCACCUCCGCGGCGGCGAGUGUACUGCAGCCUGAUGACGUGGUGUUGGCGUUUGACGGGACCCCGAUUUCGAAUGACGGUACGGUGCCGUUCCGUACGGGCGAGCGGAUCGCGUUUUCGUACUUGAUCACGUCCAAGUUUGUGGGGGAUACGGCAAAGCUGGAUGUACUUCGAGGUGGGAAGAAGAUGGAGCUAAAUGUCACCCUAUCGAAACCCAAGGCGCUUGUUCCCCCGCACCUGAACAACCGGGACCCGCCGUACCUCAUUGUGGGGGGCCUGGUGUUUACGACAGCCAGUGAGCCGUACCUUCAGUCGGAGUACGGCAGUGAUUACGGCACUGACGCACCGGUCAAACUUCUUGACCGGCUGUACCACGGCUUUCCCAAGACUCAGGAUGAGGAGGUGGUGGUUCUGUCGCAGGUUCUGGCUUGUGACGCCACAUUGGGUUAUGAGGACGUGUACAACGUACAACUGCUGAAGUUUAACGGUCGCCACAUCAGCAAUCUGACUCAGCUGGCGGAGGAGGGCCCGGUAGCGGGUGAUGGCGGCGGCGGCUUCCUUCGCUUCGACCUGGACUACAACGAGGUGGUGGUUGUGGAGGCCGGGGAUGUGCUCAAGGUCACGCCCGACGUGUUGAGAGCGCACUCCAUACCGCAGGACAUGGCACCGCAUGUCCGGGAGGCGCUCAAGGGGGCAGCAGGGGGAGGAGGGGGGGGACCGGGGGCGGUGGGGGAGCCAGAGGGGUCGUUGAACAACAGUGAUGGCGGGCGGGCCUAGUAAUGCAGGGGGGGAUCUGUCUGUAUAUCUAUCUGUCACUCGGAUGUCAGCCGGCCGAACAGGCGUCCCGUCCUACGUUCAUUCGCUCACGACGUAGCUUGUGUGUGCCGUACAGGCAACCCCUCUCUAAGGCUGUCGCUCGGCCGGUGUUGACACUGCCGGCGUUGCUUCAACUAAGGUCCAUUUCAUCGUGUUCAAUGUUCAAUCCAUUGAGACCUCCCAUCUUGCACGCGGCAGUGAAGGGGAGCAGAGCGAGUCCCUGGUUCCGUACGUCUUGGCCACCGCAUGUAAUAAUUACUGGAACG